AUGACGUCCACCACAGGGACCAGCUACAUCUUGAUUUCUAACCAGAAACGCAGACGCAGCAACCGUCUCUCCAGACAGUGCUGCGACACCUGUGACACGGAUUCUCAGUCUCUGUCAACACUCGGAUACUUUAAAACACUUCCACUGGAGAUCUUUCAGAUGGUAUUGAGUUAUCUUUCAGUGAAGGAUAUCAGCAUGCUGAGCAUGGUGUCGAAAACCAUCAGCAACCGCCUUAUUCAUUACAUCUCCACCCCGUCAGGAAACCGAAGGCUCUUACUGCAAGACUUUCAUAACCCUGAGCUACCUGGCCACAGAGAAGGAUCCUAUAUUUUAGAGCACUACAAAUCUCUAGGAUUGUUGCUGAAGAGGUGCACGCUGCUCCUGCCCACCAAGGAUCGGCUGAAGUACAUUCACAAGAUUCUGGCGGAAGUUUCCUGUUUUAAACUUAAUGGUUGCCCAAGCCCUUUGCAUUGUUUAGGAUUACAGUGCUACGGGAUACUUUUACAGAUCCUAACAGCAGGCUGGGAUGAACUAGAGUGUCACCGGGUAUUUAACUUCCUCUGCGAGCUGAGCAAUUUACCCCGCAAAGUACAGACCGUUGUCAGCAGCAAACCGGGAAGCGCCCGAAAGCUCGAGCUGCGGAUAAGGUUAUACUGUCGUAGCGUCUUGUUGAACCACUGGAUCCAUCGGAGUGAUUCCGCGUUCUGGUUGACUCGUAUUUUAAAGCCGUGGCCCAUGGUCAACCAAGCUCGCCUGCUGUAUAUCAUCUUUGGGCCAGUGUCCUCCCUUGACGGACAUGUGGUUUGGCAGAAAAUGAUAGAAGAACCAACAGAUGAGACCAGUCUGAAGGGUCUAGCAGAUGCAAUUAAGCUGCUGUAUGACACAGAAGCGAGAGAAUGGACAGCAGAUGAUGUCAUCAGUCUUGUGGAUGAGCUGUCAGUCAUUCCCCGGGAGUGGCUCAUGGAGAACAACGCUCGGCUUCUUAUUCUGAGCGGAAACAACGUUUGCUUCACGUUCAUGGCCAGUAAAGCUGUGAAUGGAAGAGCCGUCGAGUUAGCCAGACUCAUGGUCUUCCUGGCCUUGGUCUGUGAGAAGGACCUGUACUGCAUGGACUGGGCAGUAAAGAUGAUGCAGAAGGUCUGCAAAGUUUUCAGCACUCCAGGGGAGAGAAACAACUUCCUGCAGAGCGUGGAGAACAUCUUCGCACACGUGAUCAUGGAUAUGCUCCAGGCAGUGCUCUCCGGGGAACACGAUGAAGAGGACAGCGGCUUUUUGAAUUUGUUUCACCUUAUAAACGCACAAGCCAACUUCCAUAAGGAAAUCCUGUACCUGACCAUGAGGAGCAACAGCAACGCCGUUUGA